CACAAGUCACAUUUGAAUUACAAAUUUUGAUCUCAAAGCAAAACAUUAAUUAAAUAAGGAAUUGUUGACAAAAAGACAAACUGGCCAUGAAUAACAGUGUUGUCGAAAUCGACGGCUCCUUCUUGGAGGGUGGUGGUCAAGCACUGCGCAAUGCACUCAGUCUGAGCGCAAUUUUGAAGCGUCCGGUGCGUGUGGUUAAGAUACGUGCCAAUCGGCCGCAGCCGGGUCUCUCGCAUCAGCAUCUGCACGGCGUUAAUCUGUUGCGCGAUAUUACCAAUGCCAAUGUGACUGGGAAUCAAUUGCGUUCCACAGAACUGCAGUUUAUGCCCACCACCAUUUCUGGUGGUUCAUUUAAAGUGGAAACUGGGACGGCUGCCAGCAUUACGCUGGUCUAUCAGAUGAUUAUGCCAGCCCUCCUAUAUGCCGAUAAACCCUCACGCACCACGGCCGGUGGGGGGACAAAUGUGUCAUUUUCACCGCAAGUGGAAUAUAUGCAACAGGUGCUGCAACCGAAUCUGAAACGUUUCGGGAUUUGUUUCGAUCUCAAGGUACUCAAGCAUGGCUUCUAUCCGCGUGGCGAUGGUCGCUGUGAGCUGGCAGUGGAACCAUUGCGCUCGUUGAAAGCGGCCGAGCUCAUUGAUUUUGGUCGCUUCAGUGGAUUUGAGGGCAUCGCAUAUUAUUCCGGCCGGCUGCCGAAAAGUGUUGGCGACGAUAUGCAGCAUGCGGCCAAACGGGAAAUACAUCGUCUCUGGACGAAUUACGAUUGCACGAUCGACGUGAUCAAGUAUGACACGGCUAAACAGCGUCACAAUGGUGGUGGCAUUCAUAUAACGGCCCGAACCACAACCGGCUGUGUUCUUGGCGCCGGCACUGUAGGCCAGAAGAUCAUAAAGGGACAUUUGAUUGGACUGAAUGCGGCCUGUGAACUGUCUGGUUACAUCAAGAACGAACUGUGCGUUGACGACCACAUGCAGGAUCAGCUCAUCAUCUAUAUGGCAUUGGGCAGCGGCAUUUCACGCAUCCGCACCGGACCACUCACCAAGCACACACGUACCGCCAUCUAUGUGGCCGAACUGAUGACUGGCGUCAAAUUUAACAUUGAUUACGACACAUCCGGACGGAUUCUGCUCAGCUGCGAGGGCAUCGGACAUCGCAAUGCUUACAUCUAACAUCUAAUCAGACAAUCAGUCCA